UUGAAUUUUGCUGUUAUUCGUAAAUUUUGGUAAUGCAUACCCCCUCGAAUCAAUGAACGUUUUAACACUUGUAUAGUUGUAUUUUAUCAUUUCAUGGGCAUAGCAGGUGGGAGUAACAGUGAAAGAUUCAAGUCUUAGACUUUUGAGGUACUCCUUAAGAAGUAAGAAAUUCAACAAAUGAAUAAAACAUUGUAAAUUUUCAGAGCUAAAUGUACCGUGUAUUACGGAGUAUGAUCAAAGAUCAAAGAUGGCACCUGCACCAGUAAUCGAACUCAUUGACUCCGACGAUGACGACGAUGGCAACGCCAAAACUCCAGUUUCCAAACCACUCAACACAACCACUAACCCCCCUAAUUUCGUCGAUCUUGUCGAAGACAGCCCAACUCCGACGACGACCAAAUUCCAGAAAUCAUCAUCUCCGUUUGUUCCCGUAACCCCACUUUCCAAACUCGCUCAUCCUCCUCUUCUCGCUAAUUCUUCAUCAGGUGAUGAGUCGAUACCUGAUGAUGAUGGAGGCCUGGAAAAGGGGACUUGUGUGAAGAACAUAGGAGCAUGUGCAGGUUCUGAUUCAGGAAAGGACCUGGUAAGAAGCCCUAAAUACGCUGUGUUGGAGCGUGAGAUUGAUUUUGAUAGUUGGUUAGACAUGGAUUCAAACGUUUGUCUUCACAAGGGAGGGGAACCCAAUGUUCAUGUGGAGGGGAAAGGCCUAGGAAAAAGAAGUUCAAUGGAAAAUGGAAGAGCAGCUACAGAUGUGGAACAGAACUUGAAAAAGAGACCUAAAGUUGUAGCAAAGGAGAACUGUCAGGAGAAGGAAAGGAUUACUGCUACUUUCAAUGUGGAGCCCUUGGAUAGUUGUUCAAAUUUUCAAUCCACAUGCCAUCUUGGGAACUUGAAGUCCACGAAGACAUAUGACCAUAGAAAUCAUAUACAACCUAGUGAAAAUCAUGAUUGUGAAAAAAAAAUUGUCAGACUGGAAAAAGGAGGUGCAAUUCAUAAGCCGGAAAGUGGAGGUGAUGCUAAUACAGAGAAGAAACAGAACAAAGUUAAUCAGGCUGAAAAUAGAAAGAAAUUAUCUGAGGAAAAAAGGCUCAUGAAGGAGCAAGAGAGGUCGCGUAAAGCGGAAUUGAAGGAUGAAACUGCAAAACAGAAACAGUUGGCAAAAGAGAGGAAGAAGUUAGAGAAACAUAAGUUCAGUGAGAAAGACAUUGUGGCUGUGAUUGAUCCAAAGGUUCUGUCAGGUUCAGUUGGAGGUAGGCUCGGACCACUGCUAACCAUGUUUAGCCAGAAAGAUCUCAGGUCUGAAAUUUUUGCAAAUCCCUUUGAAAAAUCAAUUGUUUUGAGAAUAGAGACUCCCAAAGACAUUUCUCAGCAUGCUACGGUAAAAAUUGAUGUUCAAUAUAUAUUGCUCAUAUAUGGUGAUGCUGAGGAAUUUUGUAAAUGUGCUAAUGAUGGAUCUCUUAUGGAUCAUAUUGCUUCUGUGCGAAAGCAUUAUCCAUCUUACACAAUCUGCUGCCUUACAAAUAGGUUGAUGUCUUUUAUCAAUAAAAGGGAGCAACAGAAGUAUAAACAACAAAAGGUUGCUAGUGACUGGAUACGUCCACCUGUGGAAAAGCUGUUUGCCAAGUUGACUACUCAGUUCUCCAAUGUUCAUAUAAGACAAUGUGUUGAUGAGGCUGAAGUAGCUGAACAUGUUGUUGGGUUGACAAUCAACCUUGCCAAGUGCCAUUCUCGCAAGAAGCUGACACACUUGUCUGUGAAUGCCAAUGGAUGUAAUGUGACCAAGGAUUGUCUGUACAGAAGCGCUAUAAAGAAGGAUUCGUGCUGCUGAUGGCCUACCUCCAGUCAGUAAGUUUUAAUGAACCAACCUAAGAGAAGGAGCAUUUAGGUAAUCCAAUGUUAUUCUGUUAGUAGUAUCUUGAGCAGGACGGUUGGUUAUAUGGUAAGGAGAAUCAGAGAUACAAUGUAUGAGGAAGAGUAGAGAGUACAGAGGGUAUUCUGAAGAUAAAAUUGAUAUUUUAGUUUAACUAGUUGGGAGAUAAUCAGGCCACUUGAAAUUUGAUAUUCUAUCCUUUAUUUUUCUGUGAUUCUAGUAUUAUCAAUUUAAAUCUCUUUCUUCAACCUUUAUAUCUGCUCUAGAAACAUGAUGCAAGUGCAAAUGUUCUACAGUUCCACCUGUAAAUAGGUAUAUUGCUUUGCUGGGUUUGAUUUUAUGAGAAAUAAGUAAUUUGGCUGAGUGGUAUUAGUGAUAAGUAAUGUUACCACAUGACCACCAAUCUGCUAUGAAUCGGGUCGAACCACACCAACAACCAAUUCGGGUUUAUGAAUGAAGGCACAAACACAAGGCCAAAGGAUUUGAUCAGUAGCAGCAGCAGCUUGUAGCAGGAAGAUGCCAAAAAGUUUUAAUGAUCCACUAUGUAUUGUGGCAAUAGGUUUCUCUAUGGUGAAAGCCACUUUUGCAUUACAUGACAAAAAUCUUAAUGACUAGAGUACCUUAUAUGGGUAAGGGGCUUGGUAUAUAAGGGAUAGCAAUGUAACAGUGAAGGGUAUAUUUUUGGAGAAAUUAGUAAGUAGUGUAGCUGUAGCAUUCCUCAAGAAAUCAGCUUUAGCUUAUUUUCCCUUGUAGCCGUAAUCUUCAAAUAUUAAUCAAAAUAUCCAAGCUUUCCCCUGUUUUUGGGUUUUCUAUUGCAAUCAUUGAAUCUGAUUUUCCAGUCUAUAGCAACUUGGUAUCAGAGCAGUCACGGUGGAGGAAAAGCUCACAGGUCUAGUAACACAAAUAGCUGACAUAAAUGGGAAGUUCGACUCACAAGAAGCAACCAUCGGAAGGGUGGUUCAGGCUGUUGUGGCUCAAGCCUUGGAAACGGAGAGGAAGCAGUCGGAGGAGGCUAUGGCCAACACCACCACCAGUUGGAGGCCCGAAUCAACCGAUUUUGGGAAACCCAUGAGAAGCAAGCCGCAAUUGGAGAGAGAACAAAACAAGUUCAUGGAGGAGAUGAAGAAUGCGGCGACCGGUACGUAAGGAAAGGCUACCGUAUGAAUUUCGAACUUCUUACGAGGGGUCAUUAUAUGAGUAAUGGCUCGCAGUGGUGCAAGACGGAACGGUGGAGGAGUAUAGGAGGAGGUAAAUAGAGCUGGCAGCUCGUUGGAAGGCAUACUCGAAACCCUUAUGUUGGCCAGUUCAUUAAUGGGCUAAGGGGGAAAUUAAAACCGAGUUGAGGAUGUUGAAUUCGUUUAAUCUGGAAGGUGCAAUGGAGUUGGCGGGUCAGAUUGAAGAAAAAAAUCGGGUUUGUGAAUUCAAGAAGAUGGGUCAAGGGGUGUCGAAGUUUGGGCUGGCCCAAAACUCAUACCUCACUUCUGGUGGACCUGGGUUAGUGCAAACAUAUGGGGUACCUCAUCAUAUUGGGCAAGUAAAUCUUGGACCAAACUACCAGAGUCUCAGUGAACAUGGCAAACCCAUCUGGUAAUUCGCAAAGUAAGAGCACCACCUAUACCCGACGGCUCACACAGGCUGAAUUGCAGGAGAGGAGUGCGAAAAAUCUUUGUUUUAGGUGUGAUGAAAAGUGGAGUGUAGGUCACCGAUGUAAAAGGAAAGAAAUGAGCGUCCUUAUGGUUACGGAAGAGGAAGAAACGCUAAAAGUGGAGGAGGAUACGGUGGAUGAUGCGGAAGUCAAGGUGUCCUUGUGCUCAGUCAUCGGAAUUUCUAAUUCAAAGACUAUGAAAUUGAAGGAAGAGCUAGGGGUUAGAACGGCGGUGGUGAUGAUUGACCCCGAAGCUACUCACAACUUCUUCGCGUUGCAAUUAGUGGCGGAAGCGGCGAUUUCGGUGUCAAAAAGAGGGGAAAUUUCGGUGGCCCUAGGAAUUUGAGAAACAAUGAAAGGAAGUAUAGUUUGCAAGAAGGUAUAGGUGCAAUUAAAUGGUGGAGUCUCGAUCAUUGAGGAUUUUCUACCUCUUAAGUUGGGAAACGGCGAUUUAAUACUCGGUGUGCAGUGGUUGGAGAAGUUGGGGGCUGUGACAAGGAAUUGGAAGACACAUAAUGAAGUUUCGAGUUGAUGGCAUUCGGUGACACUCAUUGGCGACCCGUCACUACAGAAGACCCAAAUCUCGCAAAAAGCCAUGGUCAGGAAUUUAUGUAGGAGAAGCAGGGGAAUUCUGGUGGAAUUGAGCAAUAUGGAGGAUGAUAAAACAGAGGUAGCAAGGGAACAACAACCACCAUCGUUCCUGGCAAAGGUAAGGUGUUUGAGAUCCUGGUGGGUUUGCCUCCCCAACGCUAUCAUGAGCAUUCGAUUAUUUUGAAAGGGGGAAGUGACUCAGUUAGUGUGAGACCGUAUCGCUACCCUUAAAUUCAAAAGGAUGAGAUAGAGAAGUUAUUUCAAGAGAUGCUUCAAGCCGGAAUAAUUCGGCUCUCUACGAGUCCCUUCUCUAGCCCGGUGAUUCUUGUGAAGAAGAAGGAUGGAAGUCGGAGGUUUUGUGUUGAUUAUAGGGCAUUGAACAAAGAAACCAUGUCGGAUAAAUUCCCAAUUCCGGUCAUAGAUGAAUUUUACUUGAUGAGUUGCACUGGGCUAAAUGGUUCUCAAAAUUGGACUUGAAGUCCGGUUACCAUCAAAUAAGGGUGAAAUCGAAAAUGUCCACAAGACGACAUUUCACACUCACGAGUAACAUUACGAAUUUCUUGUAAUGCCCUUCUUAUUGACAAAUGCACCAGCAACCUUCCAAUCGCUUAUGAACGAGAUUUUUAAACCUUGUUUGAGGAAGUUUGUUUUGGUGUUUUUUGAGGACAUACUUGUGUAUAGUAAGGACGUGGAAGAACACAAGGAGCAUGUGAGAUUGGUGCUAGAAAAAUUAGCUACGAAUAGUUUGUAUGCUAAUUGGAAGAUGUGUGAGUUUGGGAGGAAGGAAGUAGCGUAUUUGGGGCACAUAAUUUCGGAGAAGGGGGUAGCCAUGGAUAUGGAGAAGGUGAAAGCCAUUGUAGAGUGGGAGGAACCCCAAAAUUUGAGGGAGCUGCGAGUUUUCUUGGGCCUCACUGGUUACUAUCGGAAAUUUGCGGCUCAUUAUGCCUAAUUUGCUGGACCUUUUACAACUCAAUUGAAGAAAGGCAAUUUCAGGUGGGGCUUAGAGGCAGCCUAAGCCUUCAAAGCCCUCAAGGCUGCCAUGACUUCCGCUCCCGUAUUGGCCAUGCCGAAUUUUUAAUUAGAAUUUGUGAUCGAAACCGAUGCAUCCGGGUAUGGGCUAGGGGCGGGAAUGAUGCAACAAGGCAAACCAAUGGCUUAUUUAGCAUGGGGUUAGAAAUCAAGUAAAAUCCAUUUAUGAGAAGGAGUUGAUGACUAUUAGUUUAGCGGUGAUGGAAAUGGAGACACUACCUUCUUGGAAGGCAUUUUGUAAUUCAUACCGAUGAACAAAGCUUGAGAUUUUUGACACAACUAAAAGAGGUAGGGAGUGAGUAUCAAAAAUGGAUGAGAAAGUUGAUGGUCUUGGACUUUGAGAUCUAAUAUAAGCCCGGGCCUUUCAAUAAAGUGGCGGACGCCCUUUCAAGGAAAGAAGGGAGUGCAGUCCAAAUAGUGGACCAGGCCGAGUUUGAAGAGGAGAUAGCCUAGGAUUUGUGGCUGGAAGAACUUAAGCAGAAGUUAAAUGGUCCGAGUAAUUGCAAAGGAUUCUCCCGGCUGAAGGCUGAGUAGUUUAUAAGGGUCAAAUGGUCGUGCCAAAGAAUUCAAGAUUCAUUUCAAUACUACUCACGGAGUACCAUGAUACCCCUAUGGUUGGUCACGAUGGUGAAGUUAAAACUUACCACGGCUGGCAGCAGAUUGGUUUUGGUCGGGUAUGCUAAAGAUGGUGGGGGAAUAUGUUUGACUUUGUGAAGUGUGGCAACGAAGCAAGGCAUCACAACGGGUUCCGUUGCAGCCACUAUCAGUGCUGGAAGUGGUUUGGGACUACGUCUCUAUGGGGGUGAAUAUAAUCUUGGUAUUAGUGGACCGGCUAUCGAAAUACAGCCACUUCUUGGGGUUAAAGCAUACCCUUAAUGCAUUGAAAGUUUCAGAUGUUUUUGUAAGGGAGAUUGUCCGAUUGCGCGGGUUUCCAUCGUCGAUAGUCUCCGAUCAAGAUAAGGUGUUCAUGAGUCACUUUUGGAGAGAGUUGUUCCGAUUACAAGGCACACAUCUCAAGCGUAGCAUCGCUUACCAUCCUCAAACGGAUGGCCAAACGGAGGUGGUUAAUAAGUGUGUAAAAACCUAUCUCCGGUGCUUCGUUGCUAGCCAACCCAAAUCUUGGGCACAUUGGCUUCCAUGGGCCGAAUACUCCUACAACACUUCACCCCACACCACAACUAAGAUGGCCCUUUUAAAGUUGUGUAUGGGAGAGAUCUACCCAAAAAUUGGAAGAUGAAGGAAGGUUUGACAGUGGUGAAGAGUUUGGAGGAGGGAUUGAUGGAGAGAGACUUGAUCUUGGAUGAAUUGAAAAUGCACAUCAACCUAGCGCAACUAUUGAUGAAGGAGAAUGCAGAUGGUAGGAGAAGAGAGGUGGAAUUUGAGAUAGGGGACUGGGUGUUUCUUAAACUGUAGCCUUAUAGGCAGCAAUCCAUUGCCAAACGUAUAUGAGAAGUUGGCAACGCGCUUCUACAGGCCCUUUGAAGUUCUUCAACAAAGUCCAUAUGAGAAGUUGGCAACGCGCUUCUACUGGCCCUUUGAAGUCCUACAACGAAUUGGGAAGGUGGCUUACCGCCUAAAACUGCCGGAUGAUAGCAAGGUACACCCGGUAUUUCAUGUGUCGCAACUGAAGAAGGCAGCAGAGGAUGCACCAGUAAAUCCCACCAUUCCAAUUCAGCUCACUGUUGACUUGGAGCUCAUAGUGGAGACAGAGGAAGUUCUGGGGGUGCGAUAGAAGGAAGAAAGGGGCAAGUCGUGCACUGAGGUGUUGCUUAAAUGACGCGAGCUACCUGAUUUUGAGGCAACAUGGGAGGACUAUGAUAUGAUCAACCUCAGGUUUCCAUCUUUCCACCUUGAGGACAAGGUGAAUGUCCGGUAGGGGAGUAAUGCUAUGAAUCGGGUCAAACCAUACCAACAGCCAAUUCGGGUUUAUGAACGAAGGCACAAACACAAGGCCAAGGGACAAGAGUCACAAGAUCAAUAGCAGCAGCAGCAUGUAGCAGGAAGAUGCCAAGAAGGUUCUAUGAAACACUAUGUAGUGUGGCAAUUGGUUUCUCUGUGGUGAAAGCCACUUUUGUAUUACAUGACAAAAAUCUUAAUGACUAGAGUACCUUGUAUGGGUAAGGGGCUUGGUAUAUAAGGGAUAACAAUGUAACGGUGAAGGGUAUAUUUUUGGAGAAAUUAGUAAGUAGUGUAGCAGUAGUGUAGCAGUAGUGUAGCUGUAGUAUUCCUCAAGAAAUCAGUUUUAGCUUAUUUUCCCUUGUAGCCGUUAUCUUCAAAUAUUAAUCAAAAUAUCCAAGCUUUCCCCUG